UUCUUGUUGCAGCUCACAGGAGCGCAGGCAGGCCGCAGUGAUUUGGUAGCCGCUGCAGUAGGAGGAAGGACCGCGGUUCUACCCCUUCUAUCUUUCAGUUUCGCCUCAAAAUUUUCUCGGUGGCUCCUUUUGGCAACACACGGUGACCGGUGUAUGUAGAGACGGUGUUUUAUGAUUCCCUGAGCUGCAGUUUCCACCAACGGACGGAGUGGUUCACCAAACGCCAUUUUAAUCGCACGUUUUCCCUGACAGAAGCGCUAGCACAACAAUGGCUCUGAAAAGAAUUCACAAGGAGUUGAAUGACUUGGCUCGGGACCCUCCAGCCCAGUGUUCUGCAGGACCAGUAGGAGAUGACAUGUUUCACUGGCAAGCCACAAUAAUGGGACCUAAUGACAGUCCUUACCAGAGCGGGGUUUUCUUCUUGACCAUCCACUUCCCCACAGACUACCCCUUCAAACCGCCAAAGGUUGCGUUUACCACAAGAAUCUACCACCCAAAUAUCAACAGCAACGGCAGCAUCUGUCUUGACAUUCUGCGAUCACAGUGGUCUCCAGCUCUCACCAUCUCCAAAGUUCUCCUGUCUAUCUGCUCCCUGCUGUGCGACCCGAACCCGGACGACCCCUUAGUACCCGAGAUCGCCCGCAUCUACAAGACUGACAGGGAAAAGUACAACAAAAUAGCCCGGGAAUGGACACAAAAGUAUGCAAUGUAGUGCUGGGGGGUAGAAACAUGGCCAACCACCUCUACGACGUAAGGUUAGGGGGAGAUUCAGAUGUAAAGAGAGAGAAAAGAAAAAAAACGACAAAAAAACAAACAAAUACUAAAAAAACCCAUACAAAACAAAUGAGAAGUUUAAAAACAAGAUCUUGUUGGUUUCCAUUGGAGUGCUUUCUUUGAGCCAUGCCCCUCCUUCACCACAGCACCUGUAAAACUCCCUCUGUACCCCCCCCCCCCAUCCCACUCCCUCUCUGUUUGACUUUCCCCCCCUCCAUCCUGCCCCCCAGCUCAUCUGCCCAUCCUCCAGUGUACAGACUGUCAACUUUGAAAUAGAAAAUGUCUCCUCUUGACCGUACUCUUUCCAUCCCCAUGUUUGUUUUUUUUUUGGGAUCCCAUCGCUCCACUUUCUCGUUUGAUUCCAUUUCGACAUCCAAGCAGGCUGGGCUGUCGCCCCCCCCCCAAAAAAAAAAAACUCUGCCCCGUCCACCAUAUAUAGCCCUUAUUCCUGCAUGCCUGCACCCUCCUCUUCCCCCAUUUUUACUAAAGCAUUCCUCUUUAGAAACUGCAAAACUUUGAGGGGAUCUUUGUGUUUUUGUUUUUUCCCCCCCCCUUUUUUUUUUUUUUUUUUUUUAAGGGGGUGGGGUGAGAAGGGUUUGGGAAAAAAAUAAAAGGGGGACUUUCUCAUUUUGUUGAAAUUUCCAUCUGUGAAGGCGUCGAUUCAAGACAGCAAUUUUCACACGCGAGUCGAAGGGCACUCUGUAUUUUAUAAAAUAAAAAAAAUAUAUAAAGAACUGCAUAAGUCAUUGCAGGCUGUGUAUAAUGGAGAGAGAGAGACAAAAAGAAAAAGAAAAAAAAACUCAUGGCCUACUUUGCUCUUCUGUUGGAUUCUAUGAAAGGACUUGAAUUUAUUCACACACCUCAUUCUCCUCAUUAUCCCCUGACCCCCUCUCCCCCUUCCACGCUCUCCACCCAGGUGAAAACCUCAUCAUACACACGGGCACACACACAUUGCACGCACAGCUUGUAACCCUACCCCCACCCCACCCCUCUGUCUCCACCUUUUCUUUUUUCUUUCCCUUUACUCUCAAAGUGGAGAUUCUGGACCAGCUAUUUAAGCAUUUUCUAUGUUUUAUUUUUAUUAUUAUUAUUUUUUCCUUCUCUGCCCCAUGUUUCUUUUAGGUUGCUUCUUUCCCUCUUAUUAUUAUUAUUUUUUCUUUAUUUUUUGUUCUAUUUACCCUCCUGCCCUCUUUUACCUUUUUGCUAUUGUCAAAUUUAGCGGCUAACAUCUGAAAUGGCUACGGGACUGGCUUGGGCUCUGGGUGCGAGGAGAACCCACUCUUCUUGCACAAAACCUCUGUAUAUUGAAUUACCUGAGAGGCUCGUUGAGCUUUGUGUGUUGAUUAAACUGUGUAAUAAAAA